GUUGGUCCAGGGAAUUCCUGCCAAGUAGAGAAUAAAUAUAGGAUUAUAAGAUCGGGAGGCUGAGCAAACUUGCAACGCUCCCAAGAUGAUUUCGCGGCCUUUGUCGGCAAGCCCCGGCACAAAGUGAUUAUCAAACGGUUUGCUAAGACUUUGCUCCUUAUCAGGACCGGCGUUGGGUCGAUCAAGCUUCCAUCAACCACGCGGCUGGCCAAUUAGCUGGGAGUGAAAUUAAUUGGAUUUAUGGUGCGCUCAUUGACACCUUGAUCCAUUCAUCUCCUUUAUCGGCGCCAACUUCACGAUGUACCGCCGUGCAGCGACAAAGCAGCUUAGGCUGUCGGGAAGUGCUGCCUUGCGGGCAUCAUGGGCUUCAUCAAGCGCAUCCAAGCGGCCACUUAGUCUGGCUGCCAAUUAUAAAAGUCACGCAUCUAAUCUUACACCAUGCGCAUCGAUAUGUCGAAGCUUCAGCAGCACGACUUCUCUGCGGAGCAGUUUCGAUGAUGACCAGGGAACCUACAGCGAGUCCGAUCAUGAACAUGCUGUCAUCUCAACUUUUGAUCUCUUUUCCAUUGGCAUUGGCCCUUCAUCGUCCCAUACGGUUGGGCCAAUGCGAGCGGGCAAUAUCUUCGUUGCAGACCUCCUGGCGGCUGGCUUGCUCCCAAAAGUCGACAGAAUACGCGUAGCUCUCUACGGCAGUCUUGCACUCACAGGCGAGGGCCAUAUGACGCCGUCUGCUCUUCUGCUCGGCCUUGAAAGCGCCAACGUCGAGACCGUCGACACAGCCUACGUGCCUGAACGCUUUGAGCAGAUCAAAAAGGACAAAAAACUCUUCUUGGGCCAUCAACUCCCAGAUGGCAAGGGCAAGGAAAUCGCGUUUGACUUUGACCGUGACUUCAAAUGGGAGUGGGGCAAGAAGCUGCCGCUGCACAGUAACGGCAUGCGCCUCAUGGUAUUCGACAAAGAGGGAUACAUGUUGGCAACGAAUGACCUAUUCAGCGUGGGCGGCGGAUUUGUUGUCAAUGGUGCCUUGUCAAUCAAUAAGGCGGAUUCGGAGUCAUCCGCGAAAGAUGCCGGUUUGGGACUGUCUACAGAAGCCCACGGCGCGCAUCCAUCUGACCUCGCCGAGAAUAUGUACUACAAGGAGAUUCGGCGAGAAGAUGCAGCAGGAGAUCGAAGGACUGGACAAGAGAUCAAGCCAAUCGGAGACGCUGCCGGUCUGCUUACGUCUGGUGCUGAUGGCGGAGAUGCUCUCCCCCCAGCCGCAUCCUCAACCGAUGAGGCUUCUUCGUCUGGCGGAGCGCACGGCCCUCAGCCUCGAUAUCCUUUUAGAGACGCAAAGAGCUUACUAGCACUGUGUGACAAGCACAACCUGACGAUCGCACAAGUCGUGUACGAGAAUGAAAAGAGCCACGGUUACACAGACGAUGAAAUUCGGGACAAGCUGUUCCGAAUCUGGGAGGUGAUGGACAACAGCAUCUUGGAAGGCGUCCAAGCAGCUCCAGAUUCAACACUACCAGGCAGUCUGAAGUUGCAUAGGCGAGCACCGGCGUUAUAUAGACGACUCACAAGAGGUUUAUAUCCUUCCUACACUACCUCGGCAAGCAAUGCUACAGAGUCAGCUCAAGCCCAGUUACCGCUUGACAGUAAAGAACCGUCGCCUGGUUCACAAAUGCCAGGAUCCUUGACUACGGCGCCAACCCCUUCAUCUUCUCCAACUGGCCGAAAAGACAUGGCUAUUAGGAGAGCGGCAGCUCUACGCACCCAUGGCUCCUUUUCUCACCCAGUGCUGCCAUCACCUCGAAGACGCACGACAUUCCCAGCUAUGGACUAUCUUACGGUGUAUGCCAUGGCUGUCAACGAGACUAACGCAGCAGGAGGACGCAUUGUCACAGCUCCAACAAACGGUGCAGCUGGUAUCAUCCCCGCAGUGCUCAAGUAUACUGUCGAAUUCGUCAGCGACGACCCCGAGCGAGACAUUUUGUCCUUCCUCUUAACAGCCGCUGCCAUCGGUAUGCUUUAUAAGCGUGGUGCUACCAUCUCAGCAGCCGAGGGUGGUUGCAUGGCUGAGGUAGGCGUUGCCUGCUCCAUGGCAGCCGGCGCAUUCGCAGCAUGCAUGGGUGCUAGUCCUCAAACUAUUGAGCAGGCCGCCGAGAUUGGAAUCGAGCAUAAUCUGGGCUUGACGUGCGACCCCAUUGGCGGGUUGGUGCAAGCGCCAUGCAUCGAGCGCAAUGCCUUGGGUGCCAUCAAAGCCAUUUCGAGCGCCAACCUGGCUCUGAGCGGCGAGACUGGCACACAAAAGGUCAGCCUUGAUGAUGCCAUUCGGGCCAUGCGCGUUACCGCGCAGGGCAUGAGAAACGAGUUUAAAGAGACGAGCUUGAGUGGUUUGGCUACAAGUGUGCCACUUCAUAUUCCCGUCAGCGUGCCCGACUGCUAAGGUCAAUGGAUGUUUUAUAUUUGAUAGCGCAAUAUAAUAAAGAGAGGCAGGACGACAGUUUGGCACAGUAAUUAAGAUGCUGGAAGGUUUUGCUACGAUCCAUAGGGUAUCAGGAAUUCCUAUCAGCCGUAAUAACUUACUAGUAGGCAACUCUUGGAUUCAUCUAAAAGUUUGAAUGUCUAGAGAAUCAUUAGUAAACGCUCCAGUAUCGUUAUCUAACAACCUAGGCCACGCCGAAACAUAUUUGAGAAACAUAUAGCAUUUGUAAAGGUAGAGGCAGUGGAGGCAGAAGUAUUAAAACAGUUGUAAAUUCGCGACAGAACCAUGGUUGGAGUGCUGGAUAAUGGAAGUGGUGCGUUUAACAGUUCCC